AUGAAGCGAGUUGGACAACAAAACCAAAAGGGUAAUGAGAAACCCAAACCUGUCAGAAAGACUGUUUCAUUCAUUCAAGAUGCAGGCGGGGAGAUAGUUACUGGCGAAGACCUCAAACCCACAUCAACAAAGCUCACGUCGGUGGUACCACAAUUGAGACGCAAUCUUACGGCGAUCCCCCUUCACAAUUUAUUAAUCCUCGGAGGACUACUUCACUAUGGAAUAACAGAGAACGUUGAGUCUAUCAUGCUCAAGGGCUUUAUCACAAGUUUACCAAUUCAAGCUGCUUACAAUUACAUACUAGCAAAGAAUACAACCCGAAAGUCCAAACAGACAAACAUACCAUUAUUAGUUGCGUCUAGUAUUCUUGUCAGUAUAUUCUUUGCGGUUCCAUUAUUUGCAACUAUAGUCUUGUUGGGAGCUCCCGUUUACAAAUUUUCCUUCACAACCGCAUGUAUGGCUUUGCACUUGUCCCUAUUAGUGUUCAGUCCACUACUUGUUCUUUACUCAUUGGAUUUUAAACAAUUUAAGAUGCUAUUUUAUCAGGAUCGCAUUUAUUUUACCAUAUUUGGGCAUCCCGUACUUUCGCAAGUCUUGUUGACAUUGGGCUGUUGCUGGUUGGGGGUCAUUCCUAUUCCAUUGGACUGGGAUCGGCCAUGGCAACAAUGGCCCAUCACCUUGUUGGUAGGUGCAUAUGCUGGAGGAAUUGUUGGUAGUGUGGUAUCAUUGGCGGUUAAUUUAUGGAUUAGAAAGUAG